GAAGGAUAGAAAUAGAAAGCAUACAGCGGCGUGUCAGUUGUGCUGUUCAGUUCCACCACAUAUCCCCGGUUGCAGAGCCAAUCCGCAUGCGAUACAGCUCUCAACUCUGUGUGUGUGUGUGUGUGUGUGUGUUUCAAGGAUCUGAAGGCGCAACGCUUACAAGAUCUGAAAUACGAAUCUAACAAAGAUUUUACUUAUUUUUUAAAUUAUACAAAAAAAAAAAAAAAAAAAGAAAAAACUGUAAAAGCAAUUUCCAUGGAGAAAACCACUGAACCCACCUCAAUGUGUUAUACUGAAAACGCAAGUGAGGAGGCCGAUAAAGGAGGGUUGUGUUUGGAGGAUUGCAUUAGUGGACUUCCUGAUGUUGUACUCGUUUCAAUAUUGUCACUAUUGACAAUGAAAGAAGCUGUAAGAACUAGUGUCCUAUCAAAGAGUUGGAGGUACAUGUGGACACACAUUACUCAUUUGAACUUUGAUUCCUCACGUGUAAUCGAAGGAAUCCAAUUGGAACAAAAGAAAGUUGAAGUAGAAAGACCAUUCUUUUUGGGUUGGGUUAAUCAAGUCUUGAAAUCCCACAAAGCUCCAACUAUAGAUGAAUUCAGAGUUCAUUUUGAUUUUGGGGAAAGUUAUAGACUUGAUAUUGACAAUUGGGUUAAAUUUGCAAUGGAAAAGAGAGUUAAGAGGCUUGAGUUAGACUUGGCAGAAUUAACCCACUAUAGUAGAGAGGAAGCGAAUUACAGUAUUCCUGACCUGGAUGGUAUUACAAAUCACUUGCAUUCAUUGUCUCUUGGGUUUACUAGCUGCAACUCCCUGACCAAUCUCCUGUUGACAUACGUCAAUGUAACUGGACAAGUUCUCGAGUACUUCUUAACUAACUUUCCAAAUCUGGAACAAUUGUCUGUGAAAGAAUCUGACACCCUUGUAAAUCUGAAAGUUCCUGAUCUAGCACUCAAAUUGAAGUGUUUGGAAAUAACUUUCUGCUUCUAUGUGGAAAGUAUUGAGAUUUCUGCAACGAAUCUCGUGUCAUUUAAGUACUUCGGACCAAAAAUAAGUCUACCAUUUAAGAAUGUCCAGUCACCUGCGGAUUUGUAUAUCGGGGGUGACUAUUGCUUUUCUCUAAUAUAUAAGUUUUUGGAUAUUUCAAGCUAUCUUUCUAAGCUAGAGAGCCUUACAUUGCAUCUGACCUCCAUGAGGAAGGUUUAUCUUAAAGAUGCCAAAUUUCCCGUAUUUAAUAAACUCAAGCGACUGAAGUUGAUAGUUAAUGCAAGAGAUGAAGAAAGCCUUAUGGAUUUUACUUUCCUGAUAGAGGCAUGUCCUUUCUUGUCUGAAUUUGUGUUGGAGCUGCGAUGGUGCGGGUCCUAUCGUAAAAAAAAACAAGGGAGGUUUACAUCUCGGCCCCAUCAUUACCUUAAGGUGGUGGAACUAAUUGGUUUUGUUGGGAGUAUAAAUGAUGUCGAGCUUGCUAUGUAUUUAAUUAAAAGUGCUGUGAAUCUCGAGAAGAUUACUUUUGAUCCUCGCCAUCCACUUCAUAUAGGAAGGGUUUGGGAGUUCAUGGAGACCAAGAGGAAAAAAGCAGCUAGAAAGAGGGCCAAGAAGCUUGGAAAGAAACUUCCUGUUGGAACAGAUUUGAUAGUCCUUUAAUUAUAUGUAUGUAUAAGUCAUCUUUGGGAAAAUAUUUUUUAUUUAUUUUAUUUUACUGAAUAAACUUCUUUGUUAUAUUUCCAUGAAUAAACUUUGGAGUUUCUCUUCGAA